UGUGUGGUUGCCAUGUAAUAUCCUGGCCGCGCGGGCGCGCGACGGGCUGAGGCGGCGCAGGGGCGGGCGCGGGUCUGGCGAGAGGGCUGCGGAGGCGGUGCCGACAGGGCCCGCCGAGGCGCGCGGGGGGUCGGCGGCGCCCAGGAGCCUGUCGCUUGCGCUGUCCCUCCGGUUUGCUGGGUCCCGGCGGGAGGUCGGACGGCGAAAGGCAGAAUGUCGGUGGCGGGGCUGAAGAAACAGUUCUACAAGGCGAGCCAGCUGGUCAGUGAGAAGGUUGGAGGAGCUGAAGGGACCAAGCUUGACGAUGACUUCAAAGAGAUGGAGAAGAAGGUGGAUGUUACCAGCAAGGCUGUGGUGGAAGUACUGGCCAGAACCAUCGAAUACCUGCAGCCCAACCCAGCCUCGCGGGCCAAGCUGACGAUGCUCAACACGGUGUCCAAGAUCCGAGGGCAGGUGAAGAACCCUGGCUACCCGCAGUCGGAGGGCCUGCUGGGCGAGUGCAUGAUCCGCCAUGGGAAGGAGCUGGGCGGCGAGUCCAACUUCGGUGAUGCCCUGCUAGACGCAGGGGAAUCCAUGAAGUGCCUGGCCGAGGUGAAGGACUCCCUGGAUAUAGAGGUCAAGCAGAACUUCAUCGACCCCCUCCAGAACCUGUGUGACAAAGACCUAAAGGAGAUCCAGCACCACCUGAAGAAGCUGGAGGGCCGCCGCCUGGACUUCGACUAUAAGAAGAAGCGGCAGGGCAAGAUCCCUGAUGAGGAGCUGCGCCAGGCCCUGGAGAAGUUUGAGGAGUCCAAGGAGGUGGCCGAGACCAGCAUGCACAACCUCCUGGAGACCGAUAUUGAGCAGGUGAGCCAGCUCUCCGCCCUGGUGGAUGCCCAGCUGGACUACCACCGGCAGGCCGUGCAGAUCCUGGACGAGCUGGCCAGCAAGCUCAAGCGGAGGAUGCGGGAAGCCUCUUCACGCCCCAAGCAGGAAUACAAGCCCAAGGCCCGGGAGCCCUUCGACCUGGGAGAGCCUGAGCAGUCCAAUGGGGGCUUCCCUUGCACCCCGGCCCCCACCAUCACAGCUUCGUCAUCUUUCCGCUCUUCUGACAAGCCCAUCCGGACCCCCAGCAGGAACAUGCCGCCCCUGGACCAGCCGAGCUGCAAGGCGCUAUACGACUUUGAGCCUGAGAACGACGGGGAGCUGGGCUUCCAUGAGGGCGACAUCAUCACGCUGACCAACCAGAUCGACGAGAACUGGUACGAAGGCAUGCUCCACGGCCAGUCAGGCUUUUUCCCCCUCAGCUACGUGGAGGUGCUGGUGCCCCUGCCUCAGUGACAGCGUUGGCCUGCCUGCCCCUCCGUCCAGAUCGCCUGCAUUCCACUUGCCCUAAAGCGCAGCCAUGGCGGUGCUCCCAGGGCAGCAGGGCCAACGGGGAGGCCAGGGCCCCUGUUUACACUAGUGCUCACCCACAGUGGUGGGGGGCUUCCCUCCCCACUCCACGCGGCUGCCUGGGGUUCUGCUGCCCUGAGGGGGCUCACACUAAGGUGCUCUUAGAAACACUAACUUCCUCCUGCCCCAUCCAGGACUGGUAACUCCGGUGAGCACGUACACACGCGUGUACACACACACCCCCACCCUCCACACUGGGGCCCACCCUGACCUGCCCUCACUGGGAGGAGAUGGAAAGUCUGUGCGAGGGGAUGGUUCCAGCAGGAUCCCUAACUGAGAUCCCCCACCCUGCUUUUAAAUUCCCCUGAGACUUUCCCAGGCCCCAGCUCACCCACAGAUGCCACCUCCCUGGGAGGGCCUUACCCAGGGGUCCUCAGGGGCCAGGUCUCCUAAGGACAGGCCCUCUCCUCAGCUGCAGGGCACUGAGCUCCACACACCUACCUUCCCUCAGUCCCUGCCUGCUGGUGCCCCACCCCCAGCCAAGCACAUGGAGCGUUUCUCUGGCACCAGCUGCCAUCACCAGCUGCACACACACCACACACACACGACAUGCCACACAUAGGACCAUGGGACACACCUCCCUCCCCACAGUCUCCUUUCUGCCGAAGGUCAAACACAAAGGUUUUGAUGAGUCACUGUUCCCAGACCCCUGGCUGUUGGGGCUGUCCUGGGGCCUCUCUAUCCCAGGCCCGCUGCCGUGCCCUGUCGACAGCGUCCCCGUCUAUCUCCUCCAGACCAAGGCAGGCAGCUGCCCAGACCAGUAGGACCCCCGCCCUGCAGCUGUUUCCCCCCUGGCCUAAUCUGAAAUUGCCUCAGUGGCAGGCUCGGGUCUGGUUCACAUUCCCUUCCUGCAGUGACCCUGCACAGCCCCCAGGACACCAUUACGUGGGGGACACACAGGCAUCCUAACCAAGCCAAGCAGCAUAGCCUUGGUCACAGUCUAGGGCAGAUGGAAAUGUCUUCCUGAUUUUUUAAAAAAGAAGUAUUAAAUGUCUCUUUCUACA